CUGAAACAGCUAAAAAGUUAGCAGCUAGUGACAGAUAGCUCAGCUUGUUUGAUAUUGUGACCAUCCUGUUAGCUAUAUAAGCUGGGAAAACAACCGAAGUGUUUUGAUAUCACAUAUUUAAUGCUGUUUUCUUCGAUGGCUGUUUAGCCCCGGUAGCUGGUAGCAACAGUUUGUUUAGCAAAGCUAAACGCUUGGUCCUGCCUUUUUUUUCUUCCUUUUUUCAAUGGAUCACUUAUUUACAGGUAACCGCAUGCUAAGGUGAGGCAAAAUACUGUAGAAAUCCUUCACUAUGUCCAAGCAGCUGACUGCAGAGCAGCAGCGGAAGAUUGAGGAGAACCGACGGAAGGCUUUAGAGCGAAGAGCCCAAAGACAGCAGCCUCCAGCGGGGGUUAAUGGGGCUCCACUGCAGGCAGAUUUAUCAAAUCAGAGAGAAAAUUACAGAAACCCAAAUUUCUCUCUACCAACAAGGGUUGGUCCAUCCUCUAAAAUAGAAUCUCAGAUAAGCAGUAACCAGACCCAUCUACCUAUCAGCUGUCAAAUUAACCAAAACACUCUGAAUAAUCCACCCAGACAGAUCAAUGGCCCCGCUUCUUGGACAAGUCAGCAAUUGAACAGCCCUGGAUCAACUGCUGGAGGAAGUGUUGGUAUCAAGCCAGUUCAGGGCAUCUCUGUCACAUCUGGGAGCACAUCUGCCUCCUUCUACAAGUCAUCCAGCAAACCUGGAGUCCAGGUCUCUACAGCACAGCCUCCUUCAAGCUCCACCUUAUCGGCUCCUUUACCUGCCAAAAAGGCUGCCAUCUCUGUGAGGGGGAAAUGUGUGCCUCAUGCAGAGAAUCGUUUCAAGGUGGAAGUAGGAUACAAUGCAGAGCUUAUUGCUGUUUUUAAGUCCAUCCCUUCAAAGACCUAUGACCCUGCCACAAAAACAUGGAGCUUCAGUCUGGAUGACUAUACACAGCUAAUGGAGGAGGUAGCUGGCAUUCCCUCCGUGUCUCUCAGACCUCUGGAGGGAAUCGCAGCUUUGGACUCUACGUCCAGCCGACCCUAUGAUGGUGCAGCACUGGCAGCGCUACUAAAGCUCUGUAAUGGCUGGCAGAAACCUGGCGCACCGACUCGAGGGCAGUGCAUCCUGGUGUCUCGGAAGAAGUUUGAGGUGGACAUCUCUUACGAUCCUGAUGUGAUCGCGGCUUUUAAGCAGAUUCCAACAAAAAACUAUGACAUGACCACACGAACGUGGAGCUUUUCACUCGAGGAUUACAAAAGACUGAUGGACCUGCUCAGUGGGAUGGCAGGAGUGGAGGUGGAGCCUCUUCCCAGGGCAGUAAUACAGGCCUUCGCUGCCAGCUUUGAUGGGACUAAAGCCAAAUCUUUAGACGUCCCUGAGGCGGACCUCUCAAGCAUCGACCCCACCCUAACCUCCAGCCUCAUGCCCUUCCAGAAGGAGGGAGUCAACUUUGCGGUGUCUAAGCAAGGCCGCCUGCUCCUGGCUGACGACAUGGGCUUGGGAAAGACUGUGCAGGCCAUCUGUAUAGCAGCCUACUACAGGAAUGAAUGGCCUUUAUUAGUGGUGACACCUUCAUCUGUUCGCUUCACCUGGGCUGAGGCCUUCAGACGCUGGCUCCCCUCACUGAGUCCCGCCAGCAUCAAUGUUGUGGUGAAGGCCAAGGAAAACAUACGGUCUGGUUUGGUCAACAUCGUCAGCUACGACCUACUGAGCAGGAUGGACAAACAGCACCCAGGACAACCCUUCAAUGUCUUCAUUAUGGAUGAGUCUCACUUUCUGAAGAACAUGAAGACUGCUCGUUGCAAAGCAGCCUUACCUCUGCUGAAGGCAGCGAAGAGGGUGAUUCUUCUGUCAGGGACCCCUGCGAUGUCCAGACCCUCUGAGCUCUACACCCAGAUCCUGGCAGUCAGACCUACACUUUUUCCUCGCUUCCAUGAGUUCGGGGUGCGCUACUGUGAUGCUCAAAAGCAAAACUGGGGCUGGGACUACUCCGGCUCCUCUAAUCUCGGAGAGCUCAAGCUUUUGUUGGAGGAGUGUCUGAUGCUGCGCCGCCUGAAGUCUGAUGUCCUCUCCCAGCUUCCCUCCAAGCAGCGAAAGGUUGUCACCGUGACGAUAGAUGGGGUCAGUACCAGCACCAAAGCUGCUCUCUCAGCUGCAGCCAAGCUUCUGGUCAAAGAUCAUCGCAGUAAAAAAGAGGAGAAGGAGGCCCUUCUUAUCUUUUACAACCACACAGCUGAAGCCAAGCUGCAGGCCAUUAUGGAGUAUAUAACAGACAUGCUGGAGUGUGGCAGGGAGAAGUUUCUUGUCUUUGCCCAUCAUAAAUUAGUCCUGGAUCACAUCUCUGCCGAACUGCUGAAAAAGAACGUCAGCUUCAUCCGCAUCGACGGAGGGACUCCGUCCGCAGAGCGGCAGCAUCUGUGUGAAAAGUUCCAGUAUUCCUCCAAGUCCUGUGUGGCUGUGUUGUCAAUCACUGCAGCUAAUAUGGGUCUCACCCUGCACUCUGCAGACCUGGUGAUCUUUGCUGAGCUCUUCUGGAACCCAGGGGUUCUCAUUCAGGCUGAGGACAGGGUUCAUCGUAUUGGACAGACCAGCAGUGUCAACAUUCACUACCUGGUUGCCAAAGGGACUGCUGAUGAUCAUCUGUGGCCAAUGAUUCAAGCUAAAAUGAACGUGUUGGAACAGGUGGGUCUGUCUGAGUCAAACCUUUCAGACAACGCCGUGAAUGCAAGCUUCCACUUAAAGGACCCGAGUCAGAAGAGCAUCAUGGAAAUGUUCCAGAGAUCUUUCUCUGAGGAAGACGACUUUGACGAGGCCAUCCUAAUGGAGGCUGCAAACGACUGGGAAGACACGCCCCCAGAAACGACCCCUGCUCCUUUCCCCGAUAUCACCAAUGUUACAGAUGGCCCCAACAAAAAGACUAUUAAAGACUUUUUUAACAGAUGACUCCAGAAAUGCUUUAUAUCACCUUUGUUUGUUCACUAGAGUGGGAUAUUUCUCCUUCGUUAUGCCUAUCAUGACCAAAGUUAAAUGUUCCUGUUUUUCUGCAAAAGUAAAAUAUGUUUAAGUUAUGCUAAUAAA